CGCCCCCGCCCCCGGGCCUAUGGCGGCAGCCACGGUGCCUGGGGGUCGGUUUGGGGGCUCGAGCUGGACCUGGCGGCCAGUGGCUUGCGAUGCGCUUCUGGCUCGGGCCUUUCAUUCGUGCACCGAAUUGGGGGGUCGGUUCUAUCUGGUAGGGGGGCUCCUAGCAGGUGGAGCGACAGCGCCCAGCAGUGACACGGUGGUCUUCGACCCGGCGGGGGCCCAGGCUGUGCGCUUGGGAGCCCAGGGCAGUGCCCCGCGUAGUCACCACGACGCGGCGCCCGUGGGCGGCCGCUGGCUCUGCAUCGUGGGCGGCUGGGAUGGGUCGCGGCGCCUGGCCACUGUGGCCGCGCUGGACACGGAGCGUGGAGCGUGGGAGGAGUGGAAAGCGGCCCCUGGCAACUGUUCCCCUGCUGGCCUGAGCAGUCACACUUGCACUCGCCUCUCGGACCGAGAGCUGUGGGUGGCGGGCCGAGAGGGCGGGGUCCGCACUCAGCGUCGAUACGGAAGCAUCUAUGCGUUAAAGCUGGACCCUGCCUCCCGAACCUAUUGCUACAAGGAAGAAGGCUGCCGCACAGUCUCUCGCUCCGGUCACUGUGCUGCGCUGCUCCAAACUCCUGGGCCCCACCCAGGUCAUCAGCUUUUGCUCUUUGGGGGCUGCAAUUCAGCCGAACCAGAAGUAGCUGGGCAGUGGAGUCAGGGGAAGAUUAAGGAGCAGCCACCUGUUGCCCCUCACUUGAUGGAACAGCUUGCAAGGCUUGUAAGCAGCGGGCAGGGGUCCCGACAGGGGCCCCGGGGACUGCGGCAUCACUCCUGCUCUGUGGUGGGGCCCUUUGCUGUGCUGUUUGGUGGAGAAAGUCUGACCAGAGCUAGAGACACCAUCUGCAACGACCUCUACAUCUAUGACACUCGCAAGUCUCCUUCCCUGUGGUUCCACUUCCCCUGUGCAGACCGUGGGCUGAAACGUGUGGGCCAUCGCACCUGCCUCUGGAACGAUCAGCUUUACCUGCUUGGGGGCUUUGGUGAGGAUGGCAGGACAGCGAGCCCACAGGUUUGCACCCUGGAUCUCUUUAUCUAAAGAACAGUGCCACAGAGCAUUACCAUCAGAGCUGUCUGCCUCACUUCAUUAUUAAAUUCUAAUGUGAGAGUCAGUA